UAUGAAUCCACGGGUGCGCCAAUCCGAGCCUGGGAACGCGCUUUUUAGAGGCGCUCGGUGUGGGUUCUCCCAGUCCAGGAUAAAACUGUUUGUCUGCGUUUUGGGGAACAACGUCAGGAACUUAUUUCAUCACCCAUCCAACUGUAGGCUACUACUAGCCGCCGAGCCACACCAAUCCGCCCGCGUCCUCUCUCUCUCCCCGUGGAUGUUUUUACUGAAUUGCUCGAGAUAACCACGGAUUGAGGAUUAUUUCUGUUAGGGUCCUAUGCUGUGGGGCUAGCAUGAGACAGAACCCAGUACCGAUCCAGCGCUCCAUGGACAUACCCUUCCCCAGUGCCCGGGGGUCAAGUCGGCUUCUGUAAAUGAGGUGGCCAUGGACAGAAGAAGCGGCUGUGGAGUACAUCAGAUCUGCUUUCUGUUUCUCUUACUSUUUUCACUGUAUCCUGUCUGCUGUCGAGCCAGUUGGAUGUGGUUGGGAAUAACCUCCGUGGGAGUACCGGAGAAGCUGGGCUGCGCCAAUCUCCCGCUGACGCACAAGCAGAAGGACCUGUGCAAGAGAAAGCCCCAUCUCCUGCCAAGCAUCAAGGACGGCGCGCGCAUCGGCAUCGCGGAGUGCCAGACGCAGUUCGAGCACGAGCGGUGGAACUGUUCUACCACCAAAGAGCUCUCUGUGUUCGGCUACGAGCUAACCAGUGGGACCAAGGAGACGGCGUUUAUCCACGCGGUGAUGGCGGCUGGGCUGGUCCAGGCAGUGACUCGCUCCUGCAGUGCGGGCAACAUGACAGAGUGCGGCUGUGACACCAGCCUGCAGGGCACAGGCUCGCCCAGCGAAGGGUGGCACUGGGGCGGCUGCUCAGACCAUAUCCAGUACGGUACAUGGUUCAGCAGGAAGUUCAUAGAUAAUGCAGUGAAGAAUAUGUCCUCAGCCAGGGGAGGGGAUGCACUGCUCACCAUGAACGAGCACAACAGUGAAGCCGGGAGACAGGCUGUCGCCAAGACAAUGGCCACCGACUGCCGUUGCCACGGCGUGUCGGGCUCGUGCGCCGUCAAGACGUGCUGGCGCACCAUGGCGUCGUUCGAGCGCGUGGGCAACUUCCUGAAGGAGCGCUACGAGGGAAGCGUGCAGGUGCUGGACCGCUCGAAGAGGAAGGUGAGGAGGAAGGAGAAGGACCAGCGUCGCGUGCCCAUCGGGAAGGAAGAACUUAUCUUCCUCAACAAGUCUCCUAACUACUGUCUGGAGGACCGGCGCUGGGGCGUGGCGGGCACUAGAGGGCGUCGGUGUAACCGCACCUCGGCCGGCCCCGACGGGUGUAACCUGCUCUGCUGCGGUCGGGGGUAUAAUACGCACGUGGUUCGCCACGUAGAGAGGUGCGAGUGUAAGUUUGUGUGGUGUUGCUAUGUGAGGUGUCAGAAGUGUGAGAGCAUGAAUGACAUGCACACGUGUAAAUAGGGAGAGGGAGGCAGGUGAUGGCACACACACACAGCAUCAAACACAAACACACUCACACUGUCCCCAAUGAGAGACUAAAAGACUCCCCCCAUCAUUC